UUUUUUUUUUUUAGUUCUCGUGUUUUGUCCAAAGCGAUCGGUCGAUAGCUUCACCCUCCAACUCGAUCGACACAAAAACACCAAUGCGACCGCAGCAGACUGUGCCUGGCGCUGCCAACCCAGGCCCAUACACGGUCGCUGCCGGCCAAGUCGCAGGGUUUCAAUUCAUUGUGUAUGCGUGCGCUUCCAAGCUCGUCGUGCUGCGCGACAAGUUCCAGCCAGUCCAAGUCAUCGCAGGCUCAACCAGCCGCCGCCAGCAGACCGCCAUCUCCUGCGUUCACGCCUGCUCCGUCACUGGCAAGAUUGCUGCGGCGUUCGGCUCCGAGGUCGUCAUCUUUGCGCCGGUUGCUACAAACCCUGCGCCAGAAGCGUCACAAUCGCCGCCCAACGCUCAUGAUUCGGUGCAAGAGAAGCCCAACACCUCCUCGCCUCUGGAUUCGUCCUUCUCGAUGCCCGUCAUUCGACCGCAGGGGACGUACCACUGGAAUGAAAUUGCGGUGCUCCAGCACGAGACUCUUGUGAACACGGUCGCAUGGAAUCAUACUGGCACGCACCUGCUCACUGGAAGCGACUCACUACAGCUAUGGCGCAUCCGAAAAGACGCUUCGGACAACAUGGCCGUUGAUACGCCUGAUGUUGAUGGUCCUACUGUCGCCGGCGUUUGGAAGUGCGCUUGGCAAGAGAAAAUGCCAGCGCCUGUCCAUCACAUCAAGUACUCGCCGGAUGGCCGACUGUUUGCGACUGCGGGUCAGAGCGAUCGACUUGUUAAAGUUUGGUUUCGACGCGAUUCUGUCAUCCCUCCGCAAAGAACGCUCUCGUAUGGAUUUGUCUACCUCGCUCACCCGCGCAGUGUGACUGGCUUGUCCUGGCGGUUUGUCGAUCCGAGCGACCGAGCGUUCGUGGUCAACGUUUUGCUCACAUCGUGCAGCGAUGGCAUUGGGCGCCUGUGGGCGGAGACCAGUCGUCAAGAGCCUUUCAAUCUUUACAUUGCCGCAACGCUGGAGACGGCUCGCGACAAGUACCCCGAGCAUCUUUUGCCAACCUUCCACUGGUUGAACCACCACUCUGUUCCCGUCGACACUCAACUCAUGCUUGAUGCGACACGGUCGGCUUCGAGGCUGGAUGACGACGAGUUUUUCCACCAAAAGACAAGCCAUCAUCGCGCCAACUUUGACCACUUGCACUCGUCCGAUCACACGACGGCCUUCCAAAACAACUACAAGGACACUGAGCCACAACGCCGCAGUAAGACGCGAUCGCUGCACCAAGAGGACAACUCCGAGAUGGUCUUCUCCAUCGCCCCUAACGGCACGUUGACCGUGUGGCGCAUUGAGCUGCUGGACGACCAGCCGCGUCGCGUGCCACAGGUUGCCAUCGGCUCGGCCAUCUACGCCGCCUUUCCCUCGGACGACGCAGCAUCCUUCCGACACGACAUUGUCACCUUCUACGACUGGUCUCGCGGAACUGGGCUGGUCGGCAUUCCCAUUGACGACACCAAUGUUCUCGGCGACAGCGGGUUGCUCGGUGUUGGGGGUCGCACACCCGGUACCAUCUCUGCUGCCUCCAGCUCGUCAAAUCUGGUUGCAUUCUCGGCUUCCGGCGAGUCAACGCCCAUUUCUGACGCCGCCCACAGCAUGUACUCGUCGACGCCUCAGCCUCUGCGUCCCGUCGACUUGGUGCUCAUCUGCCGCCACGCUUCUGGAGGUCUGAGCAAGUGGAUUGUCGAAAUGAAGCAGCAAAAGUCGUUUUCGGCAGUCUCCAAGAUCAAGUUUGUCACGAGCUGCUCGGGCCACCGAGGCGUCGUGCACUUGAUUGCGCCGCACCCCAAGCUCCCCUUCCUGUUGUCUGUCGGCGACGCCCCUGUUUCUUGGCAGGCUCUCGUGGCUGCAGGCAAUGCGCCAGAAAUCCAAACCCCGCUCCUCGGCGGUGCAGACCACGGUGACUCGGUGGCAGUCGCGACGCCGACCUUCGCUUCCGUCCACAAGCAGCACGCGUUUUCGCCCAGCGGAACGCUGCACGCUGCCCUUCCGCGAAACUCUGAGCUGUUGCUGUGGAAAGCGUGCAACACUGGCGCCAUGGUGACGGCAGAUCAGCCAGCCAUCGAAGAGCUUGCGCGCUGCACCACGAUUGGAACGAUCGAUGUGCUCGCUUGGUUCCCGGAUGCCUUGGUUUUGGUCGGGCUGUCUGCUCAGUUUGGGCUGACCAUUUUCAAGGUGGCCGCGCGACGAUCCCGUGUCGGGGACAGCGCCGAGCCUGCGAUGUCGCUUGUUCCAAUCGGUUUCCUCAGCGGCUCUCGCACCGCCGCGGCCAAUGCCAAGUUCUUGCAGGUUUUCCAAGCCAGCACGGUCGAAGCUGUUCCCACGCUCCCGUCCGACCACCCGCCAUCCGUGGCUGUCACGCCUUCCCCAUCGGUGGAUGUCAGCUCGUCCAGCUCGAUCAGCGUCCCCACGAUUACCAUUGGCUUACAGCGUUGCAUCACGAAGGCCAACUACACGGUCAUGGCGCUGGAUCCUGUCGCCCAGUGUGUCAGCAUCUGGUCUGUGACGCUGGCUUCUGACCCGUCCGCGGGUGUGCAGUCGAUGGUCAGCUCGAGCUCGCACCAGCGGCUUUCCUCGCUCGGUGGCAUUCGCGUCCCAGUCUGCGACAUGAGCUGUCUGUUCCUGGACACGGAUGUGCUGAGCAUGCUCGAGUGCAGCUCCAACUUCCAGACGCUCACCGACACGCAGGAGGCGGUUCGUGUCGAGCUCGACCUCCCUGCUGGGGUUCGCAUCACCAAUGUGGUGCCGACGGGCAGCCUCAUCUCAGACCAAGACCUGAAGGGCGUGCGUGCCGGCUUUUUGUUUGCUACCGCGUGCACCGAUGGCUCUGUCAAGCUUUGGGACUGCGUGCACGAUCCCUUGACCAAAUCCCAGCGGUACAGCAUUGCCUUUUCUUCGUCUGUGCAGGUCAUCCCAGCCCGCGACGUGGCUCCAGUGCGCUCGCCCGCCCCAUCCCGGCCCUCUGGCCUCCGACUCAGCUUGUUUCCUCAGGCAUCCUCCAUCAACGCCGCCAGCGCUGCCACAUCCCCUUCGGUGCUCGCCCUCGCGUUUUGCACCUUCUCCCGAUUUGCGUGCGUUACAACGGCAGGUCCAGCCAAACCGCCCGUGCUGAGCAUCUGGCUCCGCGAAACUGGGCAGGCUGACUUUAUCAAGGAGACCUCGCACGAUCUCAGUGCCCUGUUUGUUGACGGCGCCUUCCCUGGUUCGCACACACCCAACGGCUAUCGCGCGAUUGACUUGCAAUGGAUGCCCAUGGACAGCGGUCACUUUUUGUUGGCCGUGAGCAGCGCAACGCGGUUGUCUCUCUUUACCUCCAGCCGUGUGCAGCCCGCAACCGCAGCGACGAGCGCCGCCACCAGCGGCACGAACGCAGGCACACUGAAGCUCAUGUUCACGCUCAAUCUGCACGUCGGCAAACGCCAUACGACGGCCAACCCAACAGCAACGACGAGCGCUUCCGACGACGCCGCGCUGGUCGCUUCCGCGUUGGCGCCGUCGUCAUUGUAUUCGUUUGAGGGUCCGGUUGUGUCCGCAUGGACCCAUUUCGGCUGCUUGGUUGUUGCCAACGUCUAUCACAUGCUUGUGUACACCAAGUACCUUGGCGGCAAGCUUCGCGUCGUGGCCAACGAAUUGCUCCCCGUGGCUGCACCUGCACCUGCCGUUGAUGCUGCGAAAGGUCCGUCCGUUCCGGCCACGCCCGACCUGUCGGCGUCUUCGUCGUCGAGUGUGCCGUCUGCCGCAGCCUCGCCAGCGCCAGCAGCUAGCACUGCGAGCGGGGUCAGACUCAUGUCGCACGCCACAAACGCUGCUCACGGCAUUGGCUCUGCACGCGCAGCCGCUGCUGAGCAGGCCAGCUUGGCACAGGCGAGCGCUCUUGAAAGCGCCGCCAAUCCCAACAACGCCGCUGUCGCCAGCUUUUUCGAUGCCGCCAGCAUGCAGAACGAUGCGCUGCCCUUAUACCACCCUGUUCACAUCAAGGAGCAGCUGAUUGCUGGCAAUUUCGAGCGUGUUCGAAUUAUUCUUCACCAUCUCUGCAAUGCCCUGGAUGCGUUUGAGCAGGCAAAGGAGGCUGCUCAGGAGGCCGAUGUUGCUUCCGGGUCGACUUCAACCAAUCCGCCACCUUUCUCCUUGCCACCGCUUCCGAUUGCAUCCAUCUUUGCGGAACAAGAUGGCGGCAGGCUCGAAGGGGCGGAGGGCAUCUCCAUUGCGACGACCGAUCGUUCCAAGCCCUCGAAAGCAUUCGCCAUUGACGAUGCGGCCGGCGAAGCGGAGGAAGACAAUCCUUUCGCCAUGACUCGCAAGGUCGAUUUUUCUGCCUUUCUGACGCCUCGCGAGGACGAGGAAGAUGCAGAGGCAGCAGCAGCGGCAGCAGCGGCCCAGAAGAACGAUUGGAUCAGUCGUCUGGCAGCCGCCUUGCUGUCGGUUCAGCUUCCAGGUUUGACAUCUCAAGAGCAAAUGCGGCUGCUCGCCAUGGCAGAGACGUUUGGUGAUGCUGAAAAGAAGCAAGGGGCCAUCGAUGCCAACGGCAUUCGUUUUCUGCUUUCGCUCAAAGAGUUUGCCUUCCUGACCAAGACCCUGGCUCCGCGUCUGCGACCCACGCAGCUGUCCUCGCGCGACUUUGCGUUUGCACUGCACUCUGAGUCGCAAGACACGCUUCUCGAAGUGGCCUUUGCAGGCCGCGCAGAGCUGAGCUGGAGCGAGCUGCGCUCGCUCGGCGCUGGCUACUGGCUCAAGAAUGUGCAAACUCUCCGCACGUACUGCGAGCGCAUUGCCAAAAACCGCUUCACGUCAACCAAAAAUCCGCUCGAGUGUGCUCUGUUUUUCUUGGCCAUGAAAAAGAAGUCGCUGCUCUUGACCAUGUUCAAAACGGUCAAGGACCAACGCAUGGUGGAUUUCUUCUCGAAUGACUUUACCGAGGAGCGCUGGCAAACCGCCGCCCUCAAAAAUGCGUAUGCCCUGCUGGGCAAGCAGCGGUUUGAGCAUGCGGUUGCAUUCUUUUUGCUUGCAGGCGCGUUGCACGACGCAACGGCCAUCUGCUGCCGCAAUCUCGAAGAUCCCCAGCUGGCGUGGACCAUUUGUCGACUUUACGAAGGCGAUGGCGGUGAGAUUGGCACGCGCGUGCUGAAUGAGCGACUGCUGCCGUUGGCCACAGAGCAAGAGGAUGCCUGGCAGCUCAGCGUCACGCACUGGCUCCGUCGCGACUACCUCAAGGCUCUCGAGUGCAUUGUGAGCGACCAACGCACCAGCGAAGCCGAGACCUCAAGCCAGUCCAGCGCACCGAAGACGACUUUGGUUGUCGAUGGAGCCGUGUUGGCCUUGUUCAACCACCUCAAGAGCAACACGCAGCUGAAAAACUCUGCGCUUGUGCAAUCGGCCAUUCCUGUGGAACGCAAACUGCUGCUCAGCCAAGCCUACUCGUACCUGAACAGUGGCUGCCCGCUCCUCGCGCUCGACUCGCUGCGCAAGCUGCAGGCGCUCUAUGCCACCGCGUCCUUGGCAGUUGCAAGCACCAAGAAGAAAGCAGCCGACGACUCCUCAAAGGGUCCGAAGGCCGACACUGCCGAGGCGUUGUUUGCCACACCUGCAAAGCCCUCCGUGUCGGACAUGAUCUCGACGGGCCAGGUUUCGUCCGGCGACUGGGACUGGAGUCAACCUGCGAGCACGGGCAGCAAUUUCUCGCGUCGGUUUGCCGAUUUGGACGACGACAGUAGUAGCAGCAACUUUGGCAGCAGCAACUUUGGCAGCAGCAACUUUGGCAGCAGCAACUUUGGCAGCAGCAACUUUGUCAGCAGCAACUUUGGCAGCAGCAACUAUGGUCGCAGCAGCGGCUUGUCAUCGUCACACGACGCCGACUUUGGAUUGAUCACCAAGCAGUCCGGCGAGGUGCUGGACGAGGAAGCGAUCGAGCAGCUCCUCGACCAGGCCGCGAUCAGCGGCUCUCUGACAUCGCGUGUCACAUCCGCAUUGCUGUGCAGCACUUGGGGCGUUGCUAGCUCGGAGAGGCUGGAGAGCCUGACGGGCACCAUCGCGGCUCUCACCAAAGACGUUGCUCGCUUGGACGCCGUCUUCCCCACGCAACCUCACGCUUCGCUCGGUACCCUGCUCUCCUACGCAAUCAAGCGUGAUCUAUACCCGCUGGUGGUGGCGCUGCAGUCACAACAAAGCCCCCACCUCGUGCCUCCAGUGCUUUCGUCCUUGGCGGACGAGAUUAUCGAGUGCUUUGCCUCCUUUAGCAGCCCUCUGAGCGUGUUUGAUCUCGGUCGCAUUGGGCGAAUCGAGCAACUGGCCAACUACCUCUCGCACGGUUGCUGGCAAUGGACAAGCAGCACGGUCGAGGAAGGCUUCCGCCUGUCCGGCUCGGCGCAGUGCGAGGUUGCAGUCGCCGUCUUUAUGGGCCUCUUCCUGUCUGCGUGGAGCCGCGACGACCUGACGACGCUCUUGACGCUCUUGCUCAACGUUCCACGCAAAUCACUGCUUCGCGGCGCCCUCGUCUCGGCCGAUGGCACGCAGGAGGCUGCGCGCUCGCUGCGACAGUGCUUCAUGACCGCCAUCGCCGUGAACGACUAUGCCUCAGACAGCGACGACGAGGACAGUGACUCGGAGCAAGGUUUGAGCGAAGUCAGCCGGAACAAGGGCCUCGAGUUUGGCCGCAGCGCGUCGGCGGCCGCCACCGGAGGCCAGGCUUUGGGUGACUCCGAGACCCAAGCCAGUCGCUCCUACGCUCGAUCGCUGCUCAAGUUGCUAUGCUUGCAGUUUGUGGCCUUCUCGUUGCAGCACUUUGUCGUUUCCUUUGGGUUUUCCCUCAACUAUCUCCCGCAGCACUCUGGCAUGUUGCACUCAGCUUUGCUGGCCGUCGAUCGCUGGUCGUCCGUAAUGCUGGCGGAGCUCGACUCCAUGCAGAUUCCACACAAUCUUGUCGAACAAACGGACAGCACUUCUUCUUCGCAGUCCCCGUCCAAAGUCAUGCGCUUCCGCCACGCGUCGAUUCUCGACUCGAACAACAACCCCUUCCGCACCAACCCACCCGCUCGUCGCUUGUGGCACUUUUUGGUUCGACAGGAGGUGUUGCAGCCGACAGUGAUGCGGUUUGUUUUGGGCGAGGAGACGAGUGACAAGCUCGACCCACCGACCAACCGGCCCUCGACCCUCCACCGAGAGCACGACAGCGUCAUGGCUUUCUGCUUCAACUCUCUCAAUUCACGUGUUGUGGCUCUCGCGACCUUGCGAGAAAUCCACGAGUUUGAAAUUGUUGAUGCCCAUGGCAAGUUGCCCAACUCGCCGCCCGGUACGCCCAGUGCGAAACGUUCUGCGAGCAAUCUUCUCGAGGUUUCCAGUGUUGAUGAUUCAGGCGACCACCAUUUCCACGGCAGUGCCAGUGUCGGCGGCCAUUUGUCGGAGAUGUUCACGCCCACCGCUGCGCACCUGGCAGGGUCGGUGCCCGGCGACUUGGUGUCGUUGGCAUCGCGCACCACGACAAACUCGAGCUUCCACCGUAUCUCAAAGGUGAUCAUCAAGAAGGCAGGUUCUCUGCGCUCCCCGUCUGGAGACAAAUCGUCCAAACAUUCGAGCCUCCACGACAACCUGCCAACCCAGUCUCACCUUCAUCGCGCCGUUCCAGGUGUCAUGUGUCUAGAGGCUCAUCCCACUUUGCCCUACUAUCUGUCGGGCGGCCAAGACGGGGUCGUUCAGCAAUGGCAGUACGCGCUCGACGAACCAGUUUUCCAGUACCACCUCUUGUCCAAGACGGCGCGUGCAACCAAGCUUCAGUACAACAUGUUUGGCUCCAAGUUUGGCGCGACCGAUACAACCGGAGCGCUCAGCCUGUGGCGUCACGACGAUCCACCUCACGUGUCGACCCCGCUCAUUUCUCUUUCGUGCCACAACAAGUUUGCGGCUGAUUUCGUCUUUCUGAACUCUACCAGCUUUGUGGCCACCGCCGGAUGCUCAUCGAAUGGCCGCAACGUGGCUCUGUGGGACUUGCUGGUCGCGCCAGGCAAGGCCGUUGUGCGGAGCUUUGGGUGCCACGAACAAGGCGGGGCCUACACGAUCGCGUACGCACCGCACCGCCAGCUGCUAGUUUCGGGUGGAAAGAUGGGUGACGUGUGUGUGUUUGACAUUCGCCAACGUCGGCGCGUCGAUACGUUUGUUGCCCAAGAGGGCUCAGUCAUCCGCAGCAUUCAAGUCGACGAGUCGCGAGACUUGCUGGCGACCGCAGCAGGCGACGGCUCUGUCAAAAUCUGGAGCCUGUCAACGCGCAAGGAGCUCGCGUCUCUGCCCACUCUCCAUGUCAAAAACUCUGCCUUUUUCAAGGCCGAGGCCCAGGGCGUCUUCCAGACAGUCUUUACCGACAAGUUCAUGUUCUCGGCCGGUGGCGACGGUUGCUUUAAGCGGGUGCCACUGGAUUCCUUCCUCCCAUCUGCACUGCCAGUGCUCUCAACGAGUCUCAGCCUGCCCGUGUCCACCACCGACGUCUCUGUGGAUGUGAUUGCGCCGUCCCCUGUCUCGAACGCUUCCUCGCCCGCCCUUGUUUCGCCUACUCGUGGUUGAGCCGAGUCGUUGUUGUAUCUGCGAGUAAUUUUUGUGUCGCAUUUUCUUUCUUCUUGUAUCAAUCCAAUUCUCAAAGUUCUACCGUA